AUUCUUUUCAACUUGAAAUUCCUUUAUUUCGAGAACCGACGACUUGUAGAUCUGUCAAAUGUCGUUUCGACGGGUGAAAAAAUAUUCAACCGAAACGGCUUCUGAUUUUGAUUACUCUUUCCGUCGACCGAGAGUGAGAAUUUUAUAACGUUUCCGAGAGAGUAGAACUUUCCGAUCAAUUUUGUAUGUGUGUUUCCGGUGGAAUCCCAAGGGGUUUAUGAGCACAACACCUUUCACUCUAAGUCUAUACAUUUUGAUCGAGACGGAAGACCACGCACUCAGAGAACCCGUCGUUUCCGUUUUUAUUAGAUCUCUUGUUGAUUGGAUUGAAGUUGACAAUUGUGCAUUCAGUGAAUGGGUAAUGUUCUGAGAUUAGCUUUGUUGCUGGUGCUUCUUGCCAAAGUUUAUCCAUCUUCUUGUGCAUAUGACUUUGAGCAUUGCAAGAAUGCUGUCAAGCAGUGGGCAUCUUCUUCUGUUCACUCCAAUAGCAAGGAUGGACACAUUUUGAAGGAUUUGCUAUUUUUUCUUCAUGUCCCAAGAACAGGAGGACGGACUUAUUUCUAUUGCUUUCUGAAGAAACUGUACUCUAGCGCUCUUGAAUGCCCACGGUCGUAUGAUAAACUGCGGUUUGAUCCCCGCAAACCAAAAUGUAGGUUAUUGGCAACUCAUGAUGACUAUAGCAUUAUGUCCAAGCUGCCCAGAGAGAAAGCAUCAGUGGUAACCAUACUAAGAAACCCCAUUGACCGUGUUUUUAGUGCUUACGAGUUUUCAAUAGAGGUGGCAGCUAGGUUUUUGGUGCAUUCUAAUUUGACAUCAGCCACAAAAACGUUGGGACAUUUGCGUUUAAAGAAAGGCGUUAUAAGCACUCUUGAGAUUUGGCCAUGGAAGUAUUUAGUUCCUUGGAUGAUGGAGGAACUAUUUGCUCGGCAAGAUGUUAGAAAAAGAAAGGGUCCACCUUAUGCUUAUGGAAAUGACUCAUAUAAUAUGGAGGAAAUUGUUGUGCCGUUACAUGAAUUCAUCAAUCACCCUGUAGCUCUGGACAUCAUUCACAAUGGUGCCACUUUCCAGGUUGCAGGUUUGACAAACAAUUCUAAUAUAUGGGCCGCGCAUGAAGUGCGUCACUGUGUAAUGACUUAUCAGACUCUUGGAAAAUAUGUGCUUGAAGUUGCAAAGAAAAGGUUGGAUGAUAUGCUAUAUGUUGGACUUACUGAGGACCACAGAGGAUCUGCCACGAUGUUUGCAAACUUAGUUGGUGGACAAGUGAUUUCACAAUUAGUGGCAUCCAAUCCAGGAACUGGAACUGUAAAUUACAAUAAAUCAGAACAGGAUUCAUUGUUUUCGAAGGCUAGAUUUGGUACGUCUCAUGAUCAGAUGGCUGUGGAAAAACUUACCGAAGCUUAUGAAACUUGCAUUUCUAAGUUAAGAUCGUCUCAGUCAAAACGGCGUAUUAAUUCUUUGAGAAGGAUCUCUCCAGCAAACUUUACAAAGGAGGCACGGCGUCAUGUUUCUGAAGCGGUUCUCAAGCAAAUCACUCUGCUGAAUAGUCUAGACAUUGAACUUUAUAAGCACGCUCAGAAAAUUUUUAAAAGACAGCAACACGUUAUGGAACAGAAGUUGCUCAAUUCUGCCACGCCUGAGAGGUGGCAGAUGAUGAAUGGUGAAAACUACAUUGGUUCUGCAUGGGAAAUCCCUUGCUUGUUCAUGUUCAUUUUUAUAGUAGUGUUCAUUUGCCAAUAUGAAAAUGCAAAAAGAAGAACAUCAAAACUCAAGAUAUAAAUAUGAUUUGAGUUACAAGUUAUGAGAGGUGUUAGAAUACAGACACAUAGACCGCUAACACCCAUAUCCAUAUGAAGCCCUCAUGCUUCUAUGCUCAAACUGGGAAGAUAAACUUAUUUAAAACCGGCGACAUGACGAUGAACCCGUUAGAUAUUUAGAAAGAAAAUGGAGGUUUUGACAGAAAAUAGGUUUAGGUCUAGUGGAUGUGGAUGUGGACUUGCACAUGUUCUUUUUAAGUUCCAUUUAGAGACAUGAAAUCAUGUCAAAAUACUACCUUGUAACUACAUGUACUUGGGGCUGUUUGUUUGAUUCUUCAUUAGGUCUGUAUGAGUUGUAUGAUGUGUGGAUUAAUAAUUAGUCUUUUU